UGUACUUACUACGUUGUGAGGACUGGCGUGAGUUUUUAACCAACACAGUGAGAACAUUUUUGGGAAGUGAGGACAUUUUGGCCGGUCCUCACUUUGUCAUGCUUUAAAUCAGCUCCUAAGGCUAUAUAGAAGCUAUCCUGUGCUUUUCACAAAAAGACCUCAAUUUGGAUCAAUGUUGAGAAUUUUUCACCAGAAUUUCACACACUUUUUACUCACUACUCUGCCUACUGUUGAAACUGGGUACUGCACCCACUAAAAGACCGUCAUGCUCUGCAGCACCAAUCUCAACAUAUGCCAACGCCUAUUUCCGGGAAAGCGCUACCUGAGCACUUCAAAAUAAAAGUUGGCUAAAAGCUGAUAGACAAAAUAAAAGAGGGAAAUUAAUAGCUCAUAAUUUAGUUUCUGUAAAAGCCUCUCCACUCAUUGGCAUUAAAAAUAAAGUAAUUAAAAUACAUUUUGAACACAGAAAAGUUGACUAAUGCACCUUUAACAUAUGAAGUACCUGACCCCAGGAAAAUGUUGAUAAUUCACCAUUUUAAAAUGACUAUUCAUUUUAACAGUUUUGGUUGACACAAAGACAUGAAGGCCAUAAAUAGGUGACCACAAAAAUUGAUAUUAGGCCUAAAUUAGUAUGUUAUUUUCCAUGGUGUUGUUGUCAGAGGCCCCUUUUCAAACAUUAGUUGUAUAUAUUAUUUAUUUAUUACAUUUGGCUCAAAAUUCAUGCUUUUGAUUCUAUUUUAUACUUACAUGUUUUACCAUGCUUACCACUGAGGUUUAGGCUAUAAAAAUGCUUUGCAGUGUUCUUACUGUUCUAUGCUUGCACAUAUAAACUAAUGUACCAAAUAUUUCACAGCACAAAUGUCCACCAGCUGUGGAGCUUACAGUACUAAUUUUACAUGCACAUAUUAUCUGUGUGCUACUCCCCACCAACACAAUGAUGAGGUGUGUUUUUUUUUUUGUGGAAAGCAAUUUUUGGUCUCUAUGCAUUUUAAAAUUCAAUUUAGAUCAUGAUAAUCCUGAAUCCCCUGGACCAAAGUCUUGUUUGGCCUGAUGGAAACAAGUCGACUUUGGUUUUGGAGAAGUCUUAAGCACCUCUGCAAAUACAGAUGGGUGAAAAUUAAAGGAAAAUCAAUGUGUAUGCAGCCACCCUGGGCCUACAGAACAGCCUCACAGUAUAUGGAAGUCUACAGGACAGAUAACCAUUCUCCUUAAGAUUUCUCCUCAGUAACACAAACUUUUAUUUAAGCAACUUAAUUGACUUAUUUACUCAGAUAAUCUAAUAACCUGCAUUUAAUAUGUUUCUCCACUCAUCUAGCAUUCUUUUUAAAAAAUUUGUCCUUAAAUUUCUCAGUAAAUAAAUCAAGAAGUUAAAUAUUUUGAUCUGUAUUGUUUAAUUAGGUGUCCCUUUUUAUACUUUUAGGAUUUGUGUGAAAUUCUGAUGCUGUUUUAGGUGAAAUUUUAAGACAGGACCAUGAAAGGGGUAAUGAAGUUUUAAGAUGAGUUUUCAGGGUCAGAGCUGCUCCUGUGUGCUCCCCCCUCGCUGAUGGCUCGUUCACCAAUUAUCCAAUCAGAGGUGGAGAAUCGAGGUGAAGAGGUCAGCUCGCUGAGACCUGCCCAAGCACCUCUGCAAAUCCAGAUGGGUGAAAAUUAAAGGAAAAUCAAUGUGUAUGCAGCCACCCUGGGCCUUCACAGUAUAUGGAAGUCUACAGGACAGAUAAACAUUCUCCUUAAGAUUUCUCCCCAGUCACAAAAACUUUUAUUUAAGUAACUUAAUUGACUUCUUUACUCAGAGAAUCUAAUGAUCUGCAUUUAAUAUGUUUCUCCACUCAUUUAGCAUUCUUUUUUAAAAUUUGUCCUUAAAUUUCCUCAAUAAAUCAAGAAGUUAAAUAUUUUGAUCUGUAUUGUUUAAGUAGAUGUCCCUUUUUAUAGUUUUAGGAUUUGUGUGAAAUUCUGAUGCUGUUUUAGGUGAAAUUUAAAAAGACAGGACCAUGAAAGGGUUAAUGAAGUUUUAAGAUGAGUUUUCAGGGUCAGAGCUGCUCCUGUGUGCUCACCUCCUCCCCCCAUGCUGAUGGCUCGUUCACCAAUUAUCCAAUCAGAGGUGGAGAACCGAGGUGAAGAGUUCAGCUCGCUGAGACCUGCCCAAGCACCUCCACCUCAUCUCUCCUCUGACUCCGACAUCCAGCAUUUAACAUGGAGAGAUUUAAAAGAAGACUUGGAACUUUACAGAGAUUUGAAAAUGCUCGGGCCAAAAAGGACCACUGCCCCUCAUCAGGUGAACAUACACCUCUCGAAGGGACGUGUGGUGAUAAAGCUUGCUACCCCCCAUCAGCACCAUCACCAUCCAGAGAAGAUGAGAUGCUCACAGAGGAGUCAUCUAGUCACAGUGGAUCUGAUGCAGACUACAAACCACCAUCAUCACCAUCAUCCAGUGAAGACAAGGUGCUUGCAAAGAAGUCCCAGUCAUCCUGCCACAGUUCACCAGAGAAGCACCAAAGUCAUUUGUCAUCCAUUGAAACUGAGAUUGGGGAAUCUAAGGACCAGAAGGCCAAAGGUAAAUCAGUUCAAAUAGAUACGGAGUCAAAAGAAAAAAGGAUGUUUCGAGAUGGCAAAAAAAGGCUGCAGAUUACUGUUAAAACAAGCAAAAAAAAGGACGGUGCCAGGGUCUGGGACAAAGCUCAUUACUGUGUAUACUGUAAAAAGGCCCAAUUGAAGAUAGCCAGACAUCUAGAAAGAAAGCAUGGUGAUGAAUGUGAUGUCGCCUAUGCUUUUAGUUUCCCAGUUGGCUCCAAACAAAGGAAGAUACGGUUAGAAGGCCUUCGUAACAAGGGCGACUGGCAACAUAAUCUCAGCGUCUUAGAGGAAGGAUAUGGUGAGAUUGUAACAUGGAAACAGCCUUCUGCAAAGGUAGACAUAGAGAAAUACCUGCCAUGUCAACACUGUUAUGCAAUGUUCAAGAGGACUGAACUCUGGAGGCAUGAGAAGUCAUGUAGAGAACGGAAAAAGGAAAGACACAAAGGCAAAAGAGCAAGAGUACAAAAAUCUUCCUCACAUCUAAUUCCAAUCAGAGAAUCAUGCAAUGGAGUACAAACAAUCAUUCACUCUAUGCUACAGGAUCAUGUAACCUCUCAUAUCAGGAGUGAUGAGAUGAUUUGUGCAUAUGGAGAUGCAUUAUUUGCAAAAAAGGGCCGUGAAGAAUCUCAGCACAGAUACAUUGCACAAAAGCUGAGAGAACUGGGACGGUUUGUGUUGGCUGCCAAGGAGAUUGACAAGCAUGUCCAAAGUCUUAAAGACAUUUGUGAUCCAGCAAAUUUUCAACUGGCAAUUAAAGCAGCUAGGCAUGUGUCAAACUAUGAUGCAAGCAAGAACGAGUAUGGAAAGCCAUCUACAGCUGUUAAAAUUGGUUUUUCACUCAAAGGGGCAACUGAGGCCUGGAUAGGCCACUGUUUGAUGAGAUCUGAUGUCAAAACUGAGAAGAAGGCAAAAAAGUUCAAGGAGUUGCUGGAGAACUCCUGGUCCACUUACGUGUCGACUAAUGCCCAUAGCACAAUUGAGCAACGGAGGUGGGACAAAGAAGACAACGUACCUCUGACAGAGGAUGUAGUCACUCUCCAGAACUACCUGAGGAAAGCUGAGGAUGAGGCAAAGGCAGAGUUGAGAGAGCAUGUGAGUACUACAGCAUACAGAAAGUUAAGUGAGAGCCUUCUUGCACAAAUAAUCGUGUUCAACAAGAAGCGUGAAGGAGAAGCAUCACGUUUAACCCUGGAGACAUAUCUAAAAGCAGACACCGGCCCUGUGAAUAAGGACAUAUAUGAGACUCUAUCACCCGUGGAAAAACAACUGAGCCACAGACUGACACGUUUGGUGACACGUGGAAAGAGAGGGAGAAAGGUCCCCAUCCUACUUCUUGAGCGCACAAAAGCUUCGCUUGACUUCCUGAUUGAAAAACGGACAGAAGUUGGCAUACUUGAGGAGAACCCAUUUCUGUUCGCAAGGCUUGGCACAACAACCAAUCUUCGUGGGUGUGACUGCCUCAGAAGAUAUGCAGAAGAGAGCAAAGCCAAAAACCCAGAACUGCUGAGGUCAACAAAGUUAAGAAAGCACGUUGCUACCCUAUGUCAGCUUCUUGACCUCAACAAUCAGGAACUUGAGCAAGUUGCUCGUUUUAUGGGGCAUGAUAUCAGAGUCCACUGCGAGUAUUAUCGGCAGACGGAUAAAACAUUCCAAGUGGCCAAGAUUGGCAAACUUCUGUUUGCGAUGGAACGUGGAGCAGAGUCACUGAAAGGGAAGAGUCUGCAAACACUGGACUCUGUUAUCAGUGGUGAAGGACAUACAGCCACCCCAACCAAAGGUCUGAAAGGUGUCAAAAAAAGAAGGACGUCAGAUACAGGCAGACAACGGGAAGCUCAUGAUGAUGGUGAACAGCUGAUAACCACAAGCUCAUCAGCUCAGAGGCAAAAGAAGACUGUCACAAGACGAAGACAUGAUGAAGAUGAUGAUGGCUCUGAUGGAGAGGUGCCACAUUCAGCUGCAGCAAGGUCACUUGUAAAGAGACAAUGGCAGACUGCAAGAAGACAUGGUGAAGAUGAUGGUGGUGCUGAUGAGGAUGAUGGGAGUGAUAACACCAGUCAAGUUGGAGAGCUGCAAGAAGAUACCAACAGAGGGACACAAAAGAUGACUACAGCUAAAGAAAAACAUGAUGACAGUGAUGAUGACGAUGAUGUGAGUGAUGGCAAGACUGGUCCAGGCACUGAAAACACAGAUGGACAGAAGCCACACUCAACUUCAGGAAGCUCAGCUGUUGACAAACCAAAGAGGAUUGCAACCACAAGGCAAGCUGAUGGUGAUGAUGAAGAUAGCUGUGACCCUGAGCAUGAUGGAAAAGGGCGUGUUAAGAGGCCAAAGAAAACUGUACAUAAACGAAAGCGUCAAGACGAUGAAGACUGGGAUGGAGAGGACAGACAGACUACUGCCACCAGAUCCCCUCGGAAGGACCGAAAGAAGACUGCAGUUACAAGAGAACGCAGUGAUGUUGAUGCUCCAGAAAUGGAAGUUAAGAAACAAGGUAAGAGACCCUGGAAUGACCAGGAGAGGACUGCAGUCAAACGACACCUUGGCAAGUUCAUCGCACUGAAGAAAGUUCCAGCAAAGCAGGACUGCCUCAUGUGCAUUGACAAAGAGUCUUCAGUCCUAAGAGCGCGGACAUGGAAAGACACUGUAACAGAGGGAGGAAACCGAGAUGAGGGGCUAGAAGAUGAGGGAGAGAAGCGGGAGAGAGGGUGA